CACAUAAUAGUCAGGGAAUCACCAAAAGUUGAGGCUUUCGCCACAAUGGCGAGUAGUGGCCGCAAACGAAGGCUUGUUUCAAGCCUGGAUGGUGAAAUCUUAGAGAGAUUAUCAAUGAAAUUGAAUCCUAGGAUGCUGAUGAAGGAUUAUCAAUCUUUGGCUGGACGUUUUAAAUAUACGUACGAAUACAUACGAAAUUUUGCUCGUGAACGCGAUCCAACUUUGGCACUUCUGCAGCAUUGGUGGUCAUCAAAGAGAGGCAGAGAAAAAACAGUGACUGUUCUUAUAGAACAUCUGUCUGAUAUGGAGAGGGAUGAUUGUGUAGAUUUACUAAGGCCGUACGAAUUUCACAACUCACAUGAAGCUUCAGAAUUGGAUGAGCGACCAGUCAUUCCUGGGGCAAUAGACCUGAACCUUAAUCCUUAUAAUCCGUAUUUCCCCCUGAAAGAUGAUCUUCAAGGACAUGCAAGUCAACAUGGAACGAAAAAGCCAGAUUGCCGAGAGGAUGAACGUCAUCAGACAAAUUCCAAUUCUUUUGGUGCGAAUGCUGUAGAGUUUGAUCAUCAACAACAGACAUGUGCCAGUCCUCAGGGGGGGAAUCACAGAUGCCAAUGGCCUGGAUUGGACCCUGCUGGUUAUAAUCAACUGAAUGAAAAAAUGUUCAACAUGAAAGUGCAUGAGAAUUACAAUUAUAAUUAUCCUGAAAACCCUUCAGCAAUGAUACCAAACACAUCAUCUAUGAUGCCAAGUACAUCAUCUAUGAUGCCAAACACAUCAUCUAUGAUGCCAAGCACAUCAUCUAUGAUGCCAAGCACUUCAUCCUCCUUUUCAAAUGGAAUGAAUCCUGCAAGUGUGUCAAGCUCCAUGGAUAGUUUGCAAUUUGAAAAGCAUUUUACAGAGAAUGAAUAUGUUGUACUAAAGCCUGUGAGUAGACCACAAUACCAAGGCCCUGACCCCCCACAAUUAAACAGAACGAAUGGCAACAUGUUCACCUCUCCGUCAGCUGAUGAAUUUCAUGGUGCAAGAAGAGAUCUCAGGUUACAAGGGGGACAUCACUUUCAGGCACAACCGCUGGAUGGGUCAUCCACAAACUCGAGUAUACCAGGGAUGCAGAAUGACUUUAUGGGAUCACCGGAAUGGUUCAUGGAGGGUAACAGGGAUUAUUAUGACAACCAGUUCAAGAAAACAGGUGGUAAUAUGAGGUUUUCACAGAUGGACUAUAUGGGAUAUGAGAGCACUGCAACAGCUGGUUCCCAUUCUUUUACAGCGGCUGCAGACAAAGUUGCAUUAGUGAUUGGGAAUCAAGAUUACGACCACCACAAGCUACGUGGUUUGCUGUAUCCAGAGCAGGAUGCUGCUGAUGUUGCCAGUGCUUUGACAUCACUUAAUUUUAAAGUAAUUUCGUUGGUGAACCUAACUUUAAGUGAGAUGCGAACGGCGAUGUUGGCGUUUUGCUGUUUACUGGGUCGUGGGGUCUAUGGUGUUGUUUACUACGCUGGUCAUGGUUAUGAAGAUAACGGUGAGAAUUACCUCUUGCCGGUCGACUCUGAUCUCAAAUAUAACAGGGAACACAGUCUAAGGACUCAAGAGAUACUGGAAGCGAUGCAACAAUGCGAAACGUCAUUAAAUCUUCUCAUUAUUGAUGCUUGUCGAGUCAGUUUACCAAACAAAUCUGGCCCGAAAUUUGUUCCUAGAAUUAAGCGGAGCGCAGCUGGAAACAACAUCUUUGCCUAUUCUUGUUGUAGCCAGCAGGAAUCUUUGGAAUCCUUUAACAGCCGAAACGGCAUAUACUGCACGCAUUUGCUGCGCCGAUUGAGAGAGAAUAGAAGAGUUGAGAAUAUCCUCAUGGACGUUGCCACAGAUUUUGCUCGAAGCUAUACCAUACCGCAGCGGCCAUGCAUAGAGACAGACUCAAAAGCAGAUUUCAGAUUAACCGACCCCAUUCACCCAGAAAUCAUGGAAAAGGAUUUCAGCGAAAGAUGUCGCCGCUGGCAGGAGGCGAAAUGUAUGCCACACGACUUCUCCCUACCAGCAGCAAGUUUGCAGAUUUUGCUAUCCUUCCACUCCCCUCACAGCAAUAUCCUGAGCGUCUCUGUCAUGACAAAGAAGAGAAUGGAAAAAUGUGUUGAAGAAUUUCACCUUGAGCUGGAGACAGUCAGCCCUCUUGUCUGUGUACAAAACGCGUGCGACGAUAAGAAAUCUGGUGAUGUUAUAUGCAGACAACAAUUUGAAAUUAAGAAUAUCCAAAAACACAUUAAAUUACAGGGCUCAGUGAUGCUCACAGUCCGAGCGAUGUUCAAAGAAGACGGCAAUCUUUGUCACUAUGAAAAAGAAGUUGAUCUUGGGUGGCCUUUGGUCUCGUCGAUCACGUGUUUAUGGGAUAAUUGGUUGCUUGGUGACCGCUGUAAGAUGACAGCAGUGUGACACCGGGAGUUUUAAACACCGGGCAUAUUAACCCCAGAAUAUCGUUCCUGGAUGUUUUACACUGGGUGUUGGGACAGCGGUGUGACGUCGGAAGUUUUAUUCCUGAUGUUUAACACCUGAAUUUUACCCUUGGAUGAUUUACACCGUAUGUUAGUUACCGGAAGAUUGACAUCGGAAAUUAACACCCCGGAUCAUCGACCACCGAGAUUUGAAUAUACCGUCCCUCAAUCAAGAAGGAUAACCCUCGGAUUCAAGGUUACAAAUCCAAUAUAUCGUAAUAGAAUGUUGCAAAAUAGUACCCUGGAAAUAGGAAAAUAUAUCCCAGACUCCUGACGAUGAAUUAUCCAAAAAAAAACUAGCAACAGUUCUGUUUCUCCUGUGGUUAUUCACAGUAAGAACACAGGAUAAUGAAGUAGAGAAGAAGUCGCCUGGGUUCUAGCCUUGCAAUGAUCAUGACAAGCAAUACGCCAAACACUGUUAGUAUAUCAAUGUGUUGUUAAAUUUUGAAGAAUAGACGCUUCCCGAAUUUGCAAGGUUCCCCACAAAACAAUAGUCAGAGAACGAGCGGAGCUGUCAAUGUUACCUAAUAUUCGUAAAUAGGUUCGUUUUCACUGCCAAAUUCAGAAAGUGUCUAUUACUUUGAACUUAUAAAUAUCUCGUUUUUCUUGAGAUACAAAACAAUCUUCGAUCCUGGGAUCGAGUAUAAUUUAAUUUUAGGGGUACUUCAUGCAGACGGUGAUAUAGGGAGUGUCUGAUGAGCCCGCGUGUUCCGUUAUGGCGUAGCAAUGUUGUAUAGUUGUAGAGCCAUAAUCUUUUGAUAAGAUUGCUAGUAUUUAUUUUAGUCCACGACUAACUACAUUUGAUGGCAUCCAUCGAUAUUUGUAAAUAUAGAAAUUUCCUUCUCGGAAGAUCGCAUUGCACGUUGGGUGAUGUCUGCUUCCACUGCGCAAUUCUAAAUAUCCCCCCCGUUAGCAUUUCACUGUCACUAUUACAUUCCCUUCAUUGUCUCCUGGAGAUUUCCACCCAGAAAAUGAGCGCAAAAUAAAACCACAGUUUCAUUGUUGUUUCAUUCCAACAUUACCAUGAUUUCACCUCAAUUGCACGUAUUUCCAAUGUUGGAAAUAUAUUCAAAUAACCAAUAUUUUUGUUUAAGAAUUGCACAGCUGGUGGCAAGCACUAAACUGACGUUUUACAGCUUAACUUUUAAGUCGAUAAGCAAACUGUAAAUUAGUUCAGUUUUAUAGAUACGUGAAAA